AACAAAAUUAGUAGCUAGCACAGUAGUUUCUUCGAUCUCACCGACAACACACACCACCACCAUGCUCUUUUCAUCGGUAGUCCUCCGCCGCCUCGGCUCCGCAAGCUCCCGCGCCCGGAUGCUCGGCCGUCUCCCGGCCAUGGCCGCAAGCGGAACUGCGAGCGGAACCACCACCCUUCCGGCUUCGGCGCGGGUCCGGAACUACGGGUCGACCCAUCCUUCCUUUGCCGAUUCGCCGCCGCCCUCCACCAUGGACACGAUGGAGUCCGGCACCAAGAUGUACAUGAGCCUCUACCCCGAGGGAUCCACCGACGGCGGCCUCCGCCUCGGAAACAUCGUCCCGGACUUUUCCGCCGAGACGACGCACGGGCCCAUCGAGAGCUUCCACGAGUGGAAGGAGGGCAAGUGGGCGAUCCUCUUUUCGCACCCCGCCGACUUUACCCGUGAGUAACAAGACAAGCAGAUGCAGCGAAGAGCAACCCCGAACGAGCGCCGUGGUAGCCAGCGCGAUGCCUGUCUGCAUCUUGUCCGAUCGCCUAACGAAUUCCUUUUUUGUUUCGUUCGUCUCUUGCGGUUUCCGUUGCCUCCCCCCAGCCGUCUGCACCACCGAGAUCGGCCGCCUCGCCCUCAAGCACGACGAGCUCAAGGAAAUGGACUGCCUCGUCGCCACCCUCUCGGUCGACCCCGUCAAGUCCCACGAGGAGUGGCUCCGGGACGUCGUCGCCCACUGCGAGAACGACAUCGAGGUCAACUUCCCCAUCAUUGGCGACUCGGACCGGUCCAUCAGCACGGCCUACGGGAUGAUCGAUCCGGGAACCAGCGACGACCAGGACCUCCCCCUCACAAUCCGGGCCGUCUUCAUUAUCAACCCCGAGAACAAGCUCAUGCUCACCCUCAACUACCCGGCCUGCGUCGGCCGGAACACGGACGAGAUCGUUCGCUGCGUCAAGGCACUCCAGCUCAGCUACGAAAAGUCCAUCGCGACCCCGGCCAACUGGCCGAACAACCACGCCGACAUUCCCCUGUCCAACGGGGAGCGGACCACCGAGUACAAGGGGAGCGUCUUUUUGCUGCCCACCGUCUCCAAGGAGGACGCCGAUGCGAACUACCCGGACUACCACACCUGCGAGGUCCCGUCCGAGAUCCCCUACCUGCGGCUGGUCAAGACCGAGGACGUCUGAUCCGCUUUAUUUCUUGGCGCUGCGCCGCGCCGCGUUGUACCGUGCUGCACCGCACCGCACMGUGGCUGGCAUCCUUCGGCACGGACUGGUUCCGUUUCGGCCUGCCCGCUUGGGUGAGGCUCCCUUUCGCGGUGGCGCGCCCUCUCGUCGUUCGAUCCCUCGCUUCGUGGCGACCGCGAUCGGCCGCUUGGCGCCUUCCCUUUUUUACUUUUGUACAAAAUAAAAAGGCCCCAGGGGUUUUCGACGUAUAAUUUUUUUGUUGUUCAUUAAAAAUAUUGCAGUGUU